CCUCCCUAAGCUUUGUAUCUUUAUUUUCCACACAAAAGAAAUCUUAGUGGAUUUCCUGUACCUCCUUCUUAUGCUACUGCUCUUAAAGAAACAGACAUUCUCACGGAGUCUAGCCAUCCUUGAGCACUGAAGAAAAAAAGUCCAGACAAAAGCAAUGAGGAUUGCCCAAGAAUUCUGACUUUUGUGACUAUCUUCAGGCAAGGGGGAUGGGAGGCUUCCUGUCGCUUUGCCUCCACUUAUUGCCCCUUUCAGCUUCCAGAACAUUUUCUGCAGUCUUCCAAGAUUCUGGCAAUCUCCUUUCAAUCUACAUCUCCAUCCAGUGUGCUAAUCUGAAUAGUUUCUUGUUUUCUUUCCCUGCAUUAUUUUUUGCCUAGGUCCCUACCACCUCAUCUGCUCAAUUCUUCUGCUCAUGCGCCCUAUCCUCAAUCCCUAUCCUCACUCACAUUCCUUCAUCCACUCUGUCAGUCUUUUUUUCCCAGCUGAGUUGUUCUUCAUUAUUGGCACACACUUUGUCCUAUCCUUCAAGUUUCUGAAACAGUGUAACUAAGGACGAAUGCCAGUCUAACAGUAGCAACGUCACUAGGAUUUCUCUCUGUUACGGGCAUGUGUAGACAUUUUACAAAUGCUCAUGUGUUCUAUAGCAGGACUGAUCCUUUCACUACAAAAGGAUUUACCACUGAACUCUUCCUAAAAUCACCACCCAUGAAACUUCUCCUGUUCCUAGUCUUUAUGUCCACAUUACUAGACCAUAGCUGCACCUAUGAGAACUGCACCAACACAUGCCAUGAACAUGCCAAAUGUGAAGUUCGCAAUGGAGUCCAAGGCUGUUAUUGUAGUCCAGGAUUCACUGGCCCUGGAAUAACUGGACCUGACAAAACCGGUUGUUACGAUGACAAUGAAUGUGCAAAUGCUACACAACUUUGUGGAGAAAAUGCUAACUGUACAAAUACAGUGGGAAGUUACUUCUGCAUGUGUGCCCCUGGAUUCAGAUCUAGUAAUGGCAAUACAACUUUUGUAACUAAUGAUGGGUCUUCUUGUGAAGAUAUAGAUGAGUGCAGUGAAGCGGUAACCAUUGCCUGUGGAGAUCAUGCAAAAUGUGAAAAUGUGGAUGGAGGAUAUAACUGCUCCUGUAUGGAAGGUUAUCAACCAUCCACAGGAAAAUUACAGUUUAAACCAAAUGAUGGCACUUCCUGCCAAGAAAUCCCAAGACCAGAAUGUGAAUUGCAUCAUGACUGCAUAGCUGAAAAUAUUAACAGAACCUUAGCGAAAUUUAGAAAAAUAAAAGAACCACUUGCUGUUUUACAAGCGAUCAAUCAAAACACUUUAGGACAAAUUUCACCCAUAGAUGUGAUUUCCUACAUAGAAGCAUUAUCUGUAACUUGUCCUUUGAUAAGAACCAUGAAUAACAAGAUUUCUGAUGAAGAAACACUUCCUAAUCUAACUCUUAACGCAUUUGUCAACACUGUGAAUAAUUUUGUUCAGAAGGAUAAAAUUACAGCAUGGGAUGCUAUCCCAACAGAUAACAGAAGAAAGAGUCUCACUAAACUGAUACAUGCUGCGGAACAAACAACAGCUUUUGUGUCACAGAACUUCAGAAGGAUGACAGAAGUCGAGAUUAAUGCUAGUGACUUGGCUUUCAAAGUUUUUGCCUUUGAUAUGCAACAAAUGGACCACAUUCACCAACAUGUGCACAUGGGAGGCGAUACUAUAAAGAUCACUGCAAGAAAGAAGAAGGCAUUAACUUCAAAUGGCACUGUUGCAGUUGUGUUUCUGCAGUACAGUAGUAUUGGUUCUUUGUUUUCAUCCUCAUGGAACGUCUCAUUGAAGGAAAAUUCAGAGCAUGAAGAGAUAGUAGCCACAUCAGUCAUAGCUGCCACAAUUAGCUCCACUCCACCUAUGUUCUACCCAAUUGAGAAAAUAACAUUUACUUUAAGACAUUUCCAGGCUAUAGAUAAAAAGAGUGUUAAAUGUGCAUUUUGGAAUUAUUCGGAAGACACAAUGGAAGGAAACUGGUCUAUAGAAGGAUGUGAGACGACACAUUUUAAUAGUACUCAUACCUCAUGCAGAUGUAAUCAUCUGACUCAUUUUGCAGUUUUGAUGUCCUCAAGUGACUCAGAUGUUGAUGUCAAGGAUUAUAUUCUUACAAGAAUCACACAACUUGGAAUAAUUAUCUCAUUGAUUUGCCUCUCUGUGUGCAUUUUCACAUUCUGGUUCUUCAGUGAAAUUCAAAGUACGAGAACAACAAUUCAUAAAAAUCUCUGUUGCAGUCUUUUUCUGGCGGAACUUAUUUUUCUUGUUGGGAUUAACAUGAACACCAAUCAGCUAUUCUGUUCAAUCACCGCAGGAUUACUCCAUUACUUCCUCUUAGCUGCCUUUGCAUGGAUGUGCAUUGAAGGCAUUCAUCUUUAUCUGAUAGUCGUUGGAGUAAUAUAUAAUAAGGGAUUUCUUCACAAGAAUUUCUAUAUCUUUGGUUAUGUGAGCCCAGCAGUGGUUGUUGGAAUUUCUGCUGCACUGGGAUACAAAUACUAUAGAAGAACUGAUGCGUGUUGGCUCAGCACUAAGAAUAAUUUUAUAUGGAGUUUUAUAGGACCAGCAUGCCUAAUAAUUCUUGUGAAUUUGAUGGCUUUUGGAGUUAUUAUCUAUAAAGUAUUUCGACAAACAGCCAUGCUAAAACCAGAAGUGAACUGUUAUGAAAAUAUAAGAUCUUGUGCACGAGGGGCACUUUCUCUCCUCUUUCUCCUUGGUGCAACCUGGAUCUUUGGAGUACUCCACGUUAUCCAGGGAUCAGUAGUCACAGCAUAUCUUUUUACCAUUUUUAAUGCCUUUCAAGGACUGUUCAUCUUUAUAUUUCUUUGUGUUUUGUCUCGGAAAAUCCAGGAGGAAUACACUCGGUUGUUCAGAAAUGUCCCUUGCUGUUUUGGAUGCUUGAGGUAAAUGGAUGGAAUGCUAAGAUGAGGUGUGCCAUGGAAGAAAGGAGAAAACAAGCAGCUUUGGGAGGAAAAUGCUAUAUUGUGAAAGUAUGAAAUGAGUUUCUGAGCUGUCAUCUCUCUUAAAAUCAAUUACUUUCUCUCUAGUAUAGGUAUUGUACAUAAAUGCACACUCUGGCACACUAUAUUGUGUACAAACAGCAUAUCUAUACAAGACAGACUGGUUUAUUGUGUAACAAAUUACACUUCUUAAAGGAGCCCAGGACUUUUCAGGGCUAAUGUCUGUAGCUCAGAAUAGAGCAUACCCAAUGUGCAAAGCAGUUUUUGUGAGUAGCUGUGCUAUUAAUGUCAUGCCUGCUGACUUGGUAAUGAAAAUAAUUUUGCUUAUUGGUGUUUAAAGAUAAUGAAUGUUAAUAAAGUGUUAAUAAACAUAAUCUGCUAUUAGUAAGUAUCUCCUUGCUGAAAACAUGUAGUUUAAAAGUAAGAUUGGAUAGCUGUUUAUAGUUGGAUGGAACUAUGUAUACAUUAGGUUUUCCACAGGUGCAUCCUGGAGUCAGAUGGAGAAGUGUAUUCUGAAGUUUGCUUGUUUGUUUGUUUGUUUAUUCAACUUCCCACCCUGGAAGGGCUCUGGGCAGUGUACAACAUUAAAAUAUAUAUAUAAAAAAAGCUAA